GAGGACGGCGUGGACACCACCACGGGCGUGACGUUCUACUUCAACCAGUUCACGGGCAAGUUUACGCUUGCCCGCUUCCCGGCACCGUCGGACGUGAGCGGUGGCAUAUUGGCCGAUGAAAUGGGUCUGGGCAAGACCGUGGAGGUGCUUGCGCUGAUACUCGCCAAUCCGCGGCCGCCACAAGCCGGCGUAGUGGCGAAAACCGGGCCAGGCGCAAUGCUCACCGGUGGUGACGCGACUGAGGCCACAGCACAUGAAGACCCCCAGCCAUCUGGCAUUCGGCAGACCAACGGCAGGCUGCGCAAGAGCAAGAGAAACAGGAAGAAGAGGCAACACAAGGAGAUCGAAUCUCCCACAGAGAACGCCGAGGAGGAGGACCAGGUCUGGUGCUUCUGCGGCGAUGACGAUCCGGACUACGCCGGCGUGUGGGUACAGACUGUGACCAGGAAGAGAAGGAGGACCAGCAAGAACACGACGCCAAAGAAGAGGAAAACGAAGGGAAAGCGGAGGACAAGCAAGAAGAAGAAGAAAGGAGAGAGCAGCGAAGACGAGUACAGGGAGGAGGAAGGGGAAGAAGAAGAAGAGGCAGAGGAUGACCGCAGCAAGCAGGAGGUAACGGAGGUGCUGACGGGCGACUCGUACGAGUGUCCCGAGUGUACGGCCCGCGGCGGACAGAAGCUCGAGUCGAGGGCUACCUUGAUCGUGUGCCCCGACUCGAUCCUAACCCAGUGGCAGCAGGAGAUCGAACGUCACACCAGGCCUGGCGCGCUCAAGUACCUGGUCUACGAGGGCGUGCGCGGAACGGUCUCCAAGCACGCUGGCGGGCUGCCGAUUGUGCGACCUGCCCAGUUGGUCGACUACGACGUCGUGUUGACCACCUACACCACCCUACGGAAUGACUUGAGCCACGUCAUCAGCCAGAGCCCCUCAAGAAACUUCAGGGACAAGAAGCGAUACCGACCAAUCCCUACUCCUCUGCUGGGCGUGCGGUUCUGGCGCACGUGCUUGGACGAGGUGCAGAUGAUCGAGACGCCGUCGACCAAGGUCGCCAAGAUGGCGCUGCGGCUGUCGACGGUGAACAGGUGGGGCGUCAGCGGAACGCCCAUCCAGCGGCGCGGGCUGGAGGACCUGCACGGCCUGAUCGCCUUCCUGCAGCUCGCGCCGUUCGACGCCCGGAGCGUGUGGCGGCAGUGCGUGCAGCUGCCCUACGAGCGCGGGGAGAUGCGGGACAAGCUGCACGGGUUCCUGCGCACCAUUAUGUGGCGCACGAGCAAGGUCGAUGUCGUCGACGAAAUCGACAUUCCUCCCCUGCACGAGAAAACUCGAUUCCUCACCUUUUCUCCAGUCGAGGCGCACUUUUACAAGAAGAGGCUGGGCGACACCGUGCAACGCACCCGCACCAUAUUCGAACGCUUAAAGCACAACCGAGCGAUCAACUUUGAGAAGAACGUGUCCAAGAUCUUCGGGUCACUCCUCUCCCUCCGGCAGGCGUGCUGCCAUCCGCAGGUGGGCAGCAAAUCGGGCCUCACCUCCCUCCAGAAGAACACCAUGUCUAUGAGCGAGCUGCUCCUGCAGCUGAUUAUCAGGGCCACCAUCGAAUGCGCGGAUGGGCAGCGAAACCUGGUCGCGUCGCUCAACGGUCUGGCCGGCGUGGCGCUGGUGAACGGCGACAAGCUGCAGGCGAUCCGCAACUACCGCCAGGUCCUGGGCAUGGAGUUCCGGCCCAUCGACGACGAAGGGCGCAAACAGCUGCCCGCCAGCGUCAACGAAGGUUCAACGCGUCGUUGA